CCUGGGGAAAAAACCCCCACAAUAAUAAGCGGUGUCGAGAUAAUGGCGGUCGAGGCUCUAAAUAAAAUCCAAAAUCCUCUCCAGGCUAAAGUUAUUGAAGCUGCGCGAGUAAGCUAGCUAGGGUUUCCGUGGAAAAAAAUGAUUUACGACGUCAAUUCUCCUCUCUUUCGCUCAUUCCUCAGCCAGAAGGGCGGUUCCUCCGACAAGAGGAAAAUGGAGGAACAGAGGCCAAAGGAUCAAAAACCCAAAGCAAAUGAGAAUAAACCAGCCAUGACAGAGUAGUAGGUGCUUUUGGUAUAUGCUUUAUAAUUAUAAGACAGGAGGGUGUUGGAUGUUUUAAAAUUCUAAGAUGCUUACUAUGAUAACUGUAGUUUGUUGUGGAUGUUUCAAAAUACCAUGAUUAAUGGUUCUUCUUUAUUGUUUGUUUAUUCAAGUCGGGGUGACUCUGGUUUUUAA